AGUGUGUUCGAGGCUCGUCGAGCAGCAGGGGAACUUGAAAACUUCGCUACGUCCAGACAGCGAGACCUGGGGUCGGACAUUUGGCGACUGGGGGCUGAAUCGGCUGCUUCUCGUCCCGCUGUGAUCGACAGAGGAGGACCGGUCCGGUUCCUUGGAACGAUUUCCGGCCAACAUGGAUGAUUUAGAUGCUUUAUUGGCGGACCUUGAGUCCACAACAUCCCACAUUUCCAAGCGUCCACUCUUCCUGUCUGACGAGACCGCCUACUCCUUCCCUGUCGGGGGUCAGACCCAACAAGACAGCUCCUCUCCACCCCAAGUCCCACCCACGCCCUCUGAGCAAAAUGGACUAGAUGAAACAGAGUCUUUCAGCUCAGCUCAAAGAAGUCCCUGGUCGAGAGAUAGCGGCAGUCCAACCCAACCAACUGGUGAAGAGGACCACGUAUACAGUUUCCCUAAUAAGCAGAAGAGCAGUGAGUCAUCAGCUGUUGCCAUGAACUCAUCUUUGGGCAGCAACCUGUCUGAGCUGGACCGCCUGCUGCUGGAGCUUAACGCUGUCCAGCAAAGCACUCCUGCCUUCCCCACAGAAGAAGAAGCAGCACCCCCGCUGCCUGCAAGCAGCAUCAUCCACAAUAUCCAGGAGAAUGGAGUCUCGACUGCAGGCAAGACUGCACCACCUAUACUAGAGAAACCCAAACGCAGUAUGGCAAAUCGAGGAAUAGAGGACGUAAGACCAAGUGUAGAGAGCCUUCUGAAUGAGCUGGAAAGUUCUGUGCCCUCACCUAUUCCCACACCUUUGGUUGUGUCGGAUGAACAAUUAGAUGGACAAGAGGAAACACCAGCACAGCAGCAAGCCAGAAUGUCUGCCUCCUCUGCCACACGAGAGCUGGAUGAGCUAAUGGCCUCCCUGUCUGACUUCAAAGUCCAAAGCAAUAUCCAGUCCCAGGGAAAGACCUCCCCCACUGGUCCUCCCAAACCUGCCAACAAACUGGACAACAUGCUGGGCAGCCUGCAGUCCGACCUCAACAGGCUUGGAGUUCAGACAGUGGCUAAAGGUGUCUGUGGAGCCUGCAAGAAACCCAUCGUAGGCCAGGUGGUGACAGCCAUGGGCAGAACGUGGCACCCCGAGCACUUUGUGUGCACCCACUGCCAGGAGGAGAUAGGCUCCAGGAACUUCUUUGAGCGGGACGGGCAGCCUUACUGUGAGAAGGACUACCAUAACCUGUUCUCACCACGAUGCCACUACUGUAAUGGACCCAUACUGGAUAAAGUGGUGACUGCUUUGGACAAGACUUGGCAUCCAGAGCACUUCUUCUGUGCCCAGUGCGGAUCCUUUUUCGGACCAGAGGGUUUCCAUGAGAAGGAUGGGAAGGCGUUCUGCAGAAAGGACUACUUUGACAUGUUUGCCCCAAAAUGUGGUGGCUGUGCCCGCGCCAUCCUGGAGAACUACAUCUCAGCUCUCAACUCACUCUGGCACCCUGAGUGCUUCGUCUGCAGGGAGUGCUUCACACCUUUCAUUAACGGCAGCUUCUUUGACCACGACGGCCAGCCGUACUGCGAGGCGCACUACCACGAGCGGCGUGGCUCGCUGUGCUCCGGCUGCCAGAAGCCCAUCACCGGCCGCUGCAUCACUGCCAUGGGCAAGAAGUUCCACCCGGAGCACUUUGUGUGUGCUUUCUGUCUGAAGCAGCUGAACAAAGGCACCUUCAAAGAGCAGAAUGAUAAGCCCUACUGCCAAGGCUGCUUCAUCAAACUCUUCAGUUAGACUGUGUGUUUGAGUACAAAUGUGUGUACACGCGUCUUAUACGUUAUUAACAUGUCUGAAUGCACGUGUGGAUGUGUGUGCCAUCACGUGUCUAGCAUGUAUUAGUCAAUGAAGUGUUUUUUCAGACUGAGGGCGUUGAUGUGCUGGUGGAUGACAUCAGAAGGGUGAGGAAUGUGUCUGACUUUUAUUGACACUGAAGGGACUUCCCUGGAUAUCCAACCUCUCAGGCUUGGCACUUCACACUUUUGCUAAAGACAUUUUUAAACAGAGCCCAAAGAGAUUUUUAUUUACAAAACAGAGUAGAGAGUUUUUUCUUCCAGUGUGCAGCAAAGAAUAAUUUCCCCUUGUGCGUGUGUACAUAUAUAAUCACAUGAUGGUCAAGUUAGGAGCCCUGAUUUGUAAAUGAUUUUAUUCCCCCAUCGCAGGGCUAGACCUUGCACCAUAUGGUGGUUUUAUGCAGAUGUCAGACAACUGCUUGAUUGCAUGGACCAUGGAGAGUUUUAAAAUAUGUUGAGUGUUGAAUACCCUGUGCUUGGCCAAUGAGUGUAAUCUAUGAAAAAGAUGUAUUUUUCUAGCUUUUGAGGUGCCAUUUAAAAUAACCAUCAAAUACUCGAAAUGUACACAGAUACAGACUCACACUGAACCCCUCGGUCCUCGUCUCUUCUUAAAACAAAAAACAAACAAACAAACAAAAAAAACAGUUCAAACCCACCGCACACUCCAACCACAGAUCUCUUGACGAGACCGUCUUAAGGUGCAUUUUACAGGAGUCGGCAAAAUAUUAGCCAGUCCUUAUUUUUCUACUGUUGUACUAUGAAAAUGUUUUCUCAGUUUCAGCGAACAUUACAGUCACAUCUGUGCCCUUUUAACUUUUAUGAAAAAAUUCCUGUAGCAACUUGGAACUCUGUUUUUACUUUCCCGCUGCACAGUGUGUGUUGUGUCAGUUACAUUCAAAUAAAAGUUAAAUGUUUGCCGCUCAUAAUGAAAGUAGGUCAAUAAGAAUAUGUGUACUUUGCUUAAUUUUGAACUGAGGGUGUAAUUUGAAAACAAGCCAAAAUAAAGCUGAUGUUACUGCUGAUCAUCAUCACGCAGAUUUAAAUCAGAAGAAUUUAAUUAAGUAUAAAUAAUUACUCAGUUCAGCAUUGUUUCCAUGUCUCACCAUUGCCUCUCCUGUGACUCUUAUCAUUGUAUUAAAAUCUAACAAUAUGGCUGUUUCAAGAUUUAAUAAUGUGGUUUUGCAUUUGGAUUAGAUGCAUGCUUUCUUUUAUCUGGAGUUUUUCUCAGCACUUGCUGCCAGUCGCCGUUACAAUCAGAAUCUGAAUUUGUAUACCUGUAAUAUGCUCGACUUUGUGACAGAACUGUGUUUUGUCGCUGUUUUGAUGAAAAUACAUAUAUAUAUAUAUAUUUUUGAGCCAUUCGUGCUCACACUGAUAUGCAAAGAGCUGGCUCUAUUGGCAUGUAGGCUAAUAACCGUAGUUUUGCCCCUACUCACACAACAUGUACCAGCUUGGAUUCCAGUGUGUCAGACUUCCAAACGCAGUCCUGAUUAUUUUCAUUAUGAGUCAUGAGCGAUGAUCACGCUGUCUGAGUUGAUAUCAGAGCUUGGAUCACUGAUGGGAGCUGUAUGUCAGUGUCAGCUGGUCAGGAAUCAGAAUGCACCGUAUCAGGGCCGAGCCUUUAGCAAAAUCUGUAAUGACUCCUGUAUCUUUAUUUUAUUUGCAGCUCUUUUUUGCCACUUCUUUGAGACAAUGUGUGAUUUUAUUUUAUUUGUUCUUGUCUUUCAUUUUGAUCACUAGGUGUGUGAGGAGUAAAUAGACGGUAUCCACAUUAAGAUUAUUUUUACUAUGAGAUGUUUGCUCUUGUGCCAAAUGUGUCAAUGCAAUAAGGUCUUAUACACUGUGGAGUUCUCAACCUUUCCUGUGAUUUGACUCUUUGUGGGGCUGAACUCUGGGAGAGGCUUCAUCUGCUGGGGUGCAUGUUAAAAGUUUACACUGUAUUAGACGAGCCGAGGAGAAGCCUUGUGCACUGAGUCAUUCAGCGGACAGUAUAGUGUACACUCGUAGCUGAUUCAGAUUCACAGGAAGUAGCAGGGGAAGAUGAACAGGAGCUGUGAGUUUAUUUCUUUCCCCAUGUAUAUUUAUCUGCUUAUAGUUUUUGCUUCUCUCAAAGAUUUCAUGGAAAUAUAAGAAUCAAAGCCUUUUAUUGUUAAUGAGAUUAAGUGAACUUUGUAAAUGGAGACAUUCAUGUGAUCUUUUACCAAUUGAAUUUUCUCUUGAGCCACAAGUUUUACUGGCUCUUUGUUUGGGUGGGGUGUAAGCCUGUAUGGGUCCUGAUUACUGACUGAUUAUUAUAACUGCUGCAAAUAAAAUAAGUACUUUAUUUCUGA